AUGAGAAAGAAGAGUAAAGGAGAGCAACUUAUGGUUAGGAUUGGCGAAAAAAUAGAGAACCUUUACACGUAUAUCAACGCAGUGUGCUGGUCUAUAUGCGCAGCUGCAUCUACAAUACUAGUAAUGACCAUAACGUUUGGAAGCGUUGCUUUGAUGUCUUACCAAAGUCAACUAAAAACCAAAGACCUACAACCCAUAGUAAUCUCCAUUUCACCUAAAAUAUGGGAUAUAGUAAAAGAUGAAGAGUUUGUUAGCGCGGCAACAAAGUCAUUCAAGUUUCCAAUCAUCAAAAAUGAGGAGGGUAAACUGGUAUACCGCAUUUGGGAUAUAGUGAUAGAUAAAGUGUCGUUAAAUGGGUCCGAAUUUUCAUUUCCAGACAUGAGUGAUGGUAUACAUUUACGAGCAGAGAAUAUGCAAUUUCACUUGAGCACUGAGGCUGAGUUAGAAUUAUGGGAAGAGAUAUUCAUAUGGAUCCAAUUAGCUAAAAGGAAAGGUGAAAUUGGAGCGAAGUUGGAAAAUGUCAGCCUUGACGUCAAGCUUGCAUGGAACGACUUUAAAUUUGCACCAAAUAUCACGAUGAAGUGCAAUGCUAACGUUGAAUUUUCUCCAGAUAUGGAAGGAAUGGAUGAGUACAAACAGCAGGCUGAUAGUAUUAUCACAGCAAAAAUCAAUGAAGAAGUACCUCAAAUGCUGACUAACAUGAUAAAUGAGAAGAUCAAUCCGUACUUGCAAAAGCUCAAAAAAUUGAUGAGAAAAUAUGGAAUUUACAAUAUAUACAAUGUUAGCUUGGAGACUGAACAAGAUUCGAUCUGUGUGAAAAUGAAACGAAAAGAUGGAAAAGGAAAAAUGCCGAUAGUUCAAAAUCUGAAUAAGAUGUUAUCUGUAUACGGAAACUUGGCAAGUGCAACAGUGCCAGCGUCAAACGUUAUCGCAGAUUUUGCAACAAAGCAUUUGGAAGAAAUAAUGGGAGACGAAGAAAUUGCAAAUCUUCAGCAGAGUCCAGUUGAAGUUAUACAGAAUACAACCGAGGUAAUAUCAGUAACAUCACUUCCUUUCCAUAUUUCUCAGCAAAUCUUCAAAGUAUUUCAUUCAGCAAACCUUCACGUUUCAUUGUUUGGAUACAAAAUUUGA